UAUUAUAUAACACAAUGAUAUGAAUGUUUUUUAAAGCAGAUUGAAUCUUAUAAAAAGAGACAUUUACAUGUGAUGUGUGAGUGCUGAAGUAAAAAUGUCGACUUUACCGUUACGUUACUUGGUGUGUUUCUCUCUAGUUACAUCAGUUAUGUCAGUUGUAAUUAUCGAUGUGCAGCCAAGGAUAAUAUCGCCUGGAAUCACAACAAGUCUUGUGGUCAACUGUUCUGUGACAGACAAUCAGCAAUCUGAGAUUAAAAUCAUCACAAGUCUUUCUCUGUCACGCUAUAAUGAAAGCAGCAAAGCGUUUGAUGUUCUUUAUACACUAGACGCCAAAACACUGUUACCCCAACAAGUAACGCUACUGAAAGAUACAGAGAUCAGCUCCGGGAACAUGUUUCUAGCGCUGACUAUUUACAAUCCUACCAAGUCUGAUGCGCAGGUCUAUAGGUGCAAUGUGUUUGGAGAUAGCUUACAAGGGAACAACAUUUCUAUAGCAGAUAAGAAGAAAGUCGAGGAGAAGACGAUUGUGUCAGAGUUGCUGGAGGAGAUACUGCGAUUGAAGAAACUGGAUACAAGCUCUCAAGAGUGUUCCGCGCUGAACACAGAGUUGAUAAUAUAUAAUGAAAACAUAAGGCUGGAAGUUGAGCCUCAAAAUCCUGUGGAAUUUCUGACACCAUUAAAUUUAACUUGCUCACUGAGAGGCUUCAACGCUACCAUGAAAGAUUAUCAACUAGAUGGUUGGGAAGUUUCUCAAUUGAUCAUCAAAAAAGAAAAUCGUGUUUAUGCUACUGUCUCUGAGACUGGAAAAGUUGACAUUUUUAUGAAUAAUGUUGGCAUACAAGCAAUUGGUCAUUUGGUACACCCAGACUUAGAGCUUUCUUAUUUGAGACUACUUUUUAAAAGGCCAACGUCAAAAUUAGAUGGUAACUACAACUGUCUCGCUAGAUUUGUUACCAAAUCUAAUUCUACUAUGGCAAUAUCUUCAAAAUCUUAUAGAGUACAUUUGGACAAAAUGAAGAAAGAAGAUUGUGUCAUUCUAUUUGACGAGCUCCUGGCCAAUGUUAAUGAACUUCAAUCUCAGCAAUCAAUAUGCUCUGAAGGCAUUCUCAAUAUUAAAACUCAAAUAGCAGAAAUAAAAAGAAUCCCAGGACCACCAGGAUUGCCCGGCCGUGACGGAGAUCCAGGACUGCCUGGUUACGUAGGACUGCGCGGUGAUCCUGGACACAUUGGAGCUCUAGGACUUCCUGGACAACCUGGAGAUAUUGGAAGGAAUGGACAUAAUGGUAUGGAUGGAAUUAUGGGACAACCAGGAGCCAAAGGACCCAAAGGAGAUCCAGGUGUACCUGGACAACCAGGACCCAAAGGACUUAAGGGCGAGCCCAAUGCUGGAGGCCGUAUGAACAAGUAAUAAUGUGAACGAACGUUUUUAACGACUAAAUGUCAACUUGGUUCAGAAGGACCUUAUUGUCCGACAUGUAGUGAACUCUUGACCUUUAGAACUGUAGAUCAAAACGAUUAGUGAAAAUAAUAGACUUAACUUAAGCCAUGUGGCAUAAUGCUUUGAUGAAGCUACAAUUUAUAUAUAUAUAUAUAUAUAUAUAUAUAUAUAUAUAUAUAAAUCAUGGGCAUAGCCAGGAUUAUUUUUCUGGGGGGGGGGAUUUUUUUUCUCCCCCCCCCACCCUGCAAAAAAAAUAUAAAUGUGUGUGUGUGUGUACAUAAUUAAUCUUUAUUACAUUCUGACCCCUCAUUCUUUCGGAAGACGUUUAUUGUACUCUAAAAUAGGUUCUUCCUGGAGUUAGUGGAGACCUUUGUUAACUUCCCGCCAUUGCCAGCAAACGGGUCUGAGGGAGCCCCACCGCCAAGCACCAUUUCCGAUAUCGAAAGCCAAACAAAAUGCUUAUUCUGGGGUAUCUACAAUGCAUUAUCCUGCAAUUAAAAAGUUUUAUUUCAAAAAUCUUAUGUGCUAUUUUUGCUGACUUUGAUCCUCCCGAGUCGUUAGGAGCAUUGGGCUUCCACAAAAAUCUGUCAUUGGCAAUGCCAGAAGCCUCUUUCCACCAGCUCUGAGAACCUCCAUGAAAAUGUGGCGCCAAGUUGUACUAGAAUGUCCCUGUUUGCGCUUUCCUCGUCAUGGCAUCCAUGUCAUCGUAACUCUUACUAUGCGUAAUUCAUUUUUGUUUGAGAACAUGUCCCGCAAAUCUCAUGCGACGCUCUGUCAAAACCUUCUGCAGAUGACUAUGCACUGCACUUUAUGAAAUGAGCCCAGCCAUUAAUAGAAAUUUGAAACCUCUCUUGGCUACCUCUUGGAAUUAGAUGACUGUAGUUUGCUUUAGAUUUUAUAUCGAAAAGGAAAGUUUUAUCGUCAAAAUCAUUUGGCGGGGGG